CGUCUCCCAGUUUCUCUUCGCACUCCCGCUUUCGCCAGCAUCGUCGGGAUGGCGUUUCUGGCUUGUGGUGCCAUGCAGAUGACCUGUCGAUUUGGAGACUUGGAACGCCUCGGUUUCUCCGACUCCAGAUUUGUGGAAUCUAUCUCCAGGUCUCUCUCCCCCUGACCUCACCGACUGCCGAGAUUGGUAUACGAUUGGUUAGGCCGUUGUCCAGUUGGCUCUAUGUAUACAUCCAUAACGUAUCUUAUCCCUGGCAAGGGACGAUACUGGGCUAGCCUCUCGCCAUCGACGGGGCCCCUGGUACCCUUCACACCUCGCGAUCAUAAAUAUCGACCGUGUCCUCGUGGAUGCUCUCGCUGUAGAACCCGUCACCGAACCACUAGAUAGCCACAGCUCUUCACACCCCCCCUCCUCUUCCUCGAUUACAUUGACCUGAACCACCACCGCCAACCACCACUACCACCACCACCAUCACCCAGAAUCCUCUCUCGUCCUCGCCUCUACCAUGCGUAAAGUUGUAGCGGGGCCAGCUGAUCGCCUGCCAAGGCCACCAUAUGAUGCUAAGAUCACCCCCAUUUUCAAGGCGCUGGGUGGCAUGCCCGAGCGGUACGAGGUUGAGAAGCUGAGGAAGGACGCGUCGGCGAGGACCCUGCCGCUCACCAACGCCCUGUUCGCCGAUAGGAGCGUGAGCGUCGAGGACAUCACCAUCCCCGGCCCGCGGCAGGACCUGACCGUGUCUGUUGUACGACCCGUGGCUCCGACGACGAGCGGCUACCACCCGUGUAUCUUCUACAUCCACGGCGGCGCGCUGGUCGCCGCCGACCGGUUCGCUGGCUUGGACACGAGCGUGAUAUGGGCUAGGGAGUUUAACGCCAUCACCAUCAGCGUGGAGUACGGGCGUGCACCUGAGAGCACGGGCACCCAGCCAGCUGAGGACUGCUACGCGGCGCUGCUCUGGGCUGGAUCCCACCUUUCGGAACUGCAUGCCGACCCCGAGCGCCUCCUACUCUACGGCACCUCAGCCGGAGGCGGUCUGGCUGCGGCGGUCGCGCUGAUGGCGCGCGACAAAGGCGGCCCGACGCUGUGCGGCCUCGUCCUCGAAUGCCCCAUGCUCGAUGACAGGAACGAGAAGGUCUCGUCUCAGCAAUUCUCCACCGGCCCCUUUUACAACUCGACUCUCAACGCGUUUGCCUGGAGGUGCCUCCUCGGCGAGCGCGUGGGCGGCAGCUCUGUAUCCGAGUAUGAAGCGCCAGCCCGGGCCCAAGACCUUUCGAGGCUGCCGCCGACCUUCCUAGACUGCGCCUCGGCGGAACCGUUCCGGGACGAGAUCGUAGCCUUUGCUUCGAAACUAUGGGAGGGUGGCGUCCAAGCUGAGCUACACGUCUGGCCGGGUGGGCCCCACGGGUACGACCGCAUCGUCCCUACGGCGCCCUUCGCGAUACUGGCAAGGAAGACCAGGCUAUCAUGGAUUCGCAGGAUCUUCUCUCAAUGAAAAAGAUAAAAAACAAGAAAAAAAAACUUUUUUUGGGAGGGGGAGGCUCGCUCCUCGGACAGCCGGCCGUACCGACCCCAUCCGAUCUUGCUGUCGCACGCAGUGACAAUCUCGCGGGUCAUUAGCCGGACGCGAUGGGCAUUCGCGAGAUACGACAGGGAGAGGGUGGGAGGGGAUAAGCCAGUCCGUGCCUCGCAACCUGCGCUCCGCUAGCCACUGCCGCCCGCCCACCAACAGGGCUUAUUAGUAUCACCAUCAUGUACAGAGAACCCCUUGGGGGUUGAACGGGUUCACGUAUGGGUUUAUCUGGCUAGAAAUCUAUAUAUCUGUUUGUUUACACCUACGGUCUUGGAAAGGCACGCAUGUAUCAUUUCUUGUCAUGAUUUACGAUAGGCACUCCCGAGUCAGAUAGUAGCAAAAUAGCCACUCCCCCUAUUGUUGGCACAAGCCCUUGGGGCUCAUGCUCCGCCUUCGACCCUCUCAA